GGGCUCCCAGCAUCUCGCGCCUGGAGCCCUGUGCUCCAGAAGAGCCUCGGUGCCCAGCUGGGGGCUCCCGCCCUGCUGAGGGGGCGCUGCCCAGGAGGGUCCCCCGCAUCCCGCGGGCCCGGGCAGGAUGCACGCCGCCCUGGCGGGGCCGCUGCUUGCCGCCCUCCUCGCCACCGCCCGCGCCCGCCCGCAACCCCCUGACGGAGGACAGUGCCGGCCGCCCGGAUCGCAGAGGGACCUGAACUCCUUCCUGUGGACUAUUCGGCGCCAUCCCCCAGCCUACUUGUUUGGCACCAUCCACGUUCCAUACACCCGAGUCUGGGACUUCAUCCCUGAUAAUUCCAAAGCAGCCUUCCAGGCCAGCACCCGUGUCUACUUUGAGCUGGAUCUGACAGAUCCCUACACCAUCUCAGCGCUGGCCAGCUGCCAGCUGCUGCCCCACGGGGAGAACUUGCAGGAUGUGUUGCCGAGAGAGCUCUACUGGCGCCUGAAACGCCACCUGGACUACGUGAAGCUGAUGAUGCCCUCAUGGAUGACACCAGCACAGCGAGGCAAAGGGUUGUAUGCUGACUACCUGUUCAAUGCCAUUGCUGGCAACUGGGAGCGCAAGAGGCCAGUGUGGGUGAUGCUCAUGGUGAACUCACUCACUGAGACAGAUGUGCGCUCCCGAGGUGUGCCUGUGCUGGACCUCUACCUGGCCCAGCAGGCUGAGAAGAUGAGGAAGAGCACUGGUGCCGUGGAGCGGGUGGAGGAACAAUGCCAUCCUCUCAAUGGUCUCAACUUCUCCCAGGUGCUAUUUGCCCUGAACCAGACUCUGCUGCAGCAUGAAAGUGUGCGGGCUGGGAGCCUGCAGGCGCCCUACACCACAGAGGACCUCAUCAAACACUACAACUGUGGGGACCUCAAUGCAGUCAUCUUCAACCAUGACACGUCCCAGCUACCCAAUUUCAUCAACACCACCCUGCCGCCUCAUGAGCAGGUGACAGCCCAGGAGAUUGACAGCUACUUCCGCCAGGAGCUCAUCUACAAGAGGAAUGAGCGUAUGGGGAAGAGAGUCAUGGCGCUGCUGCGGGAGAAUCAGGACAAGAUCUGCUUCUUUGCCUUCGGAGCAGGUCACUUUCUGGGGAACAACACUGUCAUCGAUGUCCUAAGACAGGCAGGGCUGGAGGUGGACCACACACCUGCUGGGCAAGCCAUCCACAGUCUUGCUACUGGAAGCCCAUCUCCCUCUCCGGAGGGCACCUCUGCUGCCAGUCCAGCCCCAGCAACCCCAGCUGCCGCAGUCCCAGAAGCAACCUCAGCAACCCCCACCAGCCCUCCGGAGGAGGAGGAUCCAGUGCUGUCCCCACACCUCCUGCUCCCUGACAGCCUUAGCCAGCUGGAGGAGUUCGGAAGGCAAAAGUGGCGGCGCAAGAGGCUGAACAAACACCAGCGGCCGCGGCACUUCAACGACCUCUGGGUCCGCAUCGAGGACAGCACGACUGUCUCGCCACCCCCGCUGCCCCUCCAGCCUACUCCCAGCUCCAGGACGACCAAGCCCUUUGUCAAGUCCUCACACCAACUCCAGCAGCAGGACAUUCUGGGGCCUACCAGCAGCUCAGCACCUGCUCUGGGCCUCCCCCGCGCCAUCGCUGCCACCAUCGUCGCCCCCUUCCUACUACACACCCUUGGGCCCUCCUGACCUUGACCACCCUUGUAGAGAAGCCAGAGAUACCACAGGAGUCUGUGACCACGCCCACCCUCUGACACCACCUCAGAGGGUGCUGACACCUCAAGGCAGUUCACACAGGACAGGGACCUUAAAAACACUAGAGCUUUAUUGUAUCCAAAUUACAUCUUCUUUUUUGUAGAAGGUCUUAUUUUCCCAUAGUGCUAUGGGGCUCUUUUGUAAAAUAUGUGUCCAUAUUAAAAGAGGAAAUGUAUUUAUUCUAUUGAUAAAACUAUUUUUAUGUAGCCUAUAUUAUAGUCCCUGAAUUAGCCCCAACACCAACCCAGGGAAGGAGCCAGGUUCCCGUGACCUCUGUGACCUGUGUGGACUGUGGCUUUGAAUUGGCCCCAAGCCUCCUAC